AUGGCUAAUACCACCAUCGCUGGCGCGCAGGCCAUCCAUGGGCAGAACCCACAGUCCCUAGUCGAAACAGUGAUUCGGAAUCGGAUAUACGAAUCAACAUACUGGAAGGAACAUUGCUUCGCACUCACAGGCAGUGUCAUUCACAACUUCAUGCCGUUUCUUCGCACUUACAGAAGCUUUGCAGCCGAAUCGCUCAUCGAUAAAGCCACUGAAGUACGCUUUAUUGGAGGCGUAUAUGGGAAUCAACGCCCAACAGAGUACCUCUGCCUCUUACUCAAGCUCCUCCAAAUCCAACCUGAGAAGGAAAUCCUUGUAGAAUAUCUGCGGGCAGAAGAAUUCAAGUAUCUUCGGGCCUUGGCAGCCCUCUACAUUCGCAUGACUUUCCGACCUGUUGACAUCUACGAACUCCUUGAGCCCCUGCUGAAGGACUAUCGUAAACUCCGACAAAGGAACAUGACCGGCUAUUCGUUGGUGUUCAUGGACAAAUUUGUCUACAGUUUGUUGACUGAAGAGAGGCUGGAGCAGAUCAAGAAGCCUAAGUCGCAGCAGGAGUCGGCGCCAAACCCGGACCUCAAGCAUGGCUCGUUCAGAAAGUCGUGGACGAAAUCGGAGCCGGACACCAUCCGACGCGGAGUCAAGAUAUGUUUCUCGCAGCCCUUCACGAUCUCUUUCCCGCUCUUCUUCGCCUGGCAAGCCCCAGAAGCACACAGACGUCGAUAUGUAGCUAUGAGCUAUGACAGAAGACUACCCAACUCCUUUGCGAGCAGUUUCCAUCGCUCCUCCACGAAAGGCACUUCUUUCAAAGACUCCAGCGUAGCUUGUGAUAUAUAG